AUGGUAGCCGAUUUCUUUAACAAUUGCAAAGUCUUGGGGGCGCAGCUCAAGGCACUGGCCACAAAGAGCGAGGCGGUUGCUGCAACGGAGGCAAAACUUCUGAAGGAGAAUGCCGCCCUACGCCAGCAACUAAAUGAUGCUCAGACGCACGUAUUCGCCUUGCAGCCAUUCCACGAGGAUCUGACGCCUGAAGAUAUCAAUGACGCCUUUAAGAAAGUUGUCGAUGGUGUCCAAGCAUGGACCCAAAAUACCUGUCAAAAGCUUCCAGCUACUGCAGAGCAGGGCAACAGCUAUGUCCGACGCAUGGCACGAGCUGACCCUCGGGGUAUACAUAAACUUCAAGUCCUCGUCAGGGAAGAAUUGGACAUCAGCGUCGCUUUGUCGAUUCCCGACACAGACGAGGACAUCCUAAUUGCUAUCAUGAUGAGAGCAUUAAACUUCAACGUGUUUAACCAUCCUCAAGAAGCAUUGGCCACGACUGUUACCAAGAAGCGAGAUGCAGUUGCUAUCAGCAACUGGAACGCCGAGGCACUCACCGCGCUUGUGUCAACACCAUAUUUCGAAAGGGAACAGAAGAAGCAGCUUAUGGAUGUCACCGCCAUCAUUUCACAAUUGUUCGGCAUCUUCUGUCCCGAAGAGAAAUUUGAGGAAUUUCACCAGGACAUUGUGGAAUCGUGUGUCAUCCCCGCGGCACAAUUUCAGCGAAAGAUCGCGUGCAGUCCACAUCAAGUCGAGUUCGAUUUCAACAGAUAUCGUGAGCUUGACCAGACAAGACGCAUCUCGACGUCACCAGAAUUCUUCGCAAACUUCAACAGAAUGAGGGAGUCCAAGGGGCACGCCAUUGAGUGA